AGGCGCGCGCGGCGGCCGCUCAGUGCAGCGGUUGGCGAUGAAGGUGGCGGUGGCCGGGUGCUGCCACGGCGCCCUGGACAAGAUGUACGAGACGCUGGAGCUGCUGCACCAGCGCCACAACGUGCGGCCCGACCUGCUGCUCUGCUGCGGCGACUUCCAGGCCGUGCGCAACGAGGCGGACCUGCGGUGCAUGGCCGUGCCCGCCAAGUACCGGCACAUGCAGACCUUCUACCGGUACUACUCGGGCGAGAAGAAAGCCCCGGUGCUCACCGUGUUCAUCGGCGGCAACCACGAGGCUUCCAACCACCUCCAGGAGCUGCCCUACGGCGGGUGGGUCGCGCCCAACAUCUACUACUUGGGUUACGCGGGCGUGGUGCGGUUCCGCGGCGUGAGGAUCGGCGGCAUCUCGGGCAUCUUCAAGUCCCACGACUACCGGAAAGGUCACUUUGAGUGCCCACCAUACAACCAGCAGACCAUCAGAAGUGCUUACCAUGUGAGGAAUAUUGAAGUCUUCAAACUCAAACAGCUGAAGCGUCCCAUCGAUAUAUUUAUGUCACAUGACUGGCCAAGGAGCAUCUAUCACUAUGGAAACAAGAAACAGCUCCUCAAAAUGAAAUCCUUCUUCCGGCAAGAAGUGGAGAGCAACACUUUAGGAAGCCCUGCUGCUUCAGAGCUUCUGCAGCACCUGAAACCCACCUACUGGUUCUCAGCACACCUCCACGUUAAAUUUGCAGCUUUCAUGCAACACGAGACAAAUUCCAAAGAAGAGUUACCAAAAGCAACCAAGUUUCUGGCUCUGGAUAAAUGCUUGCCACACAGAGACUUCCUGCAGAUAAUAGAUGUGGAGCAUGAUCCCAAUGCAGGUGACUCGCUGGAGUACGAUGCCGAGUGGAUUGCAAUCCUCAAGGCCACCAACAGUCUUGUUAAUGUGACCCAGAACUCCUGGAAUAUGCCCGAAAAUAAUGGCCUCCAUGCCAAGUGGGAUUACAGCGUGACAGAAGAAGCCAUUAAAGAGGUGUUGGAAGAGCUGAACCAUGACCUCAAAAUUCCUUGCAACUUCACAUUGACAGCUGCUUGUUAUGAUCCCAGCAAGCCCCAAAAAAACAUGGAGCCAGUUCAUACCAUCAAUCCACAGACCACUGAGUUCUGUGCCCAGUUUGGCCUCACUGACAUCAAUGACAGGAUCCAGCAGGCUAAAGAAGAGAGCUCAGGACGAGGUGAAUGUGAAGAGGAGGAGGAAGAGGAGAUGGACAGUACUGGGUCAGCUGAGGAACCCAGUGAAUACAGUACAGAUAAUUCUGGCCUCUCAUCCUUUAACCCAGAUGAAAUAAUGCUGGAUGAAGAAGGUGGUGAUGAAGACUUGAGUACAUGUUCUGUAGAUCCCUCCCCUGACCACCCUCCUGAGUUCUCUACCAGCUUCUCCGACAUCCGGGUCAUGCCUGACUCCAUGGCAGUGUCAUCUGAUGAUGCCACGGACUCCAACAACGAGGAGCUGGAGAAGUCUGGGGGGAGCAGGCAGGGGGAGGAAAGGAGCCCCACUGAGAGGUCCUUAAAGCGCAUUGGUGCUGAUGAGAAUGGGAACAGCGGCGUUAAAAAAAUCAAGAGAAGGAACCAAGCUAUCUAUGCCGCAGAGGAUGAAGAUAAAACAGAUUAACAGUUCACAGGAUGUGUAACUAAGUUCUCUCCCAGCCUUUCUGUGGGAAGGUGGUGAGAAUUGUAUUGGACUACAUGUGCUUUUAAUGUUACAUGAUCUUAGUCAUGUUACUUUCCUAAGCUCAGAGGGAAGGUGAUUUACACAGAAUAGACAUCAAAGAAAGAACCUGAGACUUUUUCAACAAAGUACUUUGUCAAAGGAUGUAAAGUUCAUAUAUCUUUGAUUUUGUUUCAGUUCUUGGUGUAUGGUGUACAUUCCAUAUCUUCAGCUGAAAAAGAUUCACCAUGCUUGUUUAACAAGAACUCUUAAACUGUACCCUGAGUCCAAGUGAGAGGAUGUCUGACUUACAAGACAGAAUGAUUUUAUUUUAUUGCUUUUAUCUUGUUUUAUACUGAACUAUUAACACAAAGUAGCAUAUGCAAUAACCCUGUGAAUGAAAUUUGAAAAUAGAAUUCCCAUGAUAACAAAACAGCAACAGAAGAAUGAAGAUUUUUGUUUCUGGUGAUAGUCAUGCCACAGGAAAACUGUGGUCAUAAACAAAACAAUAUGUGUUGUCCAGGAUUGGCUUUUAAUUACAGUUCUGACAGCAAACCAA